CGUGAUCAUAAAACGUGGCCAUUUUUUAAGCAGAUAAAAAAUGAGAACUAUAUUAUAUGGCGGAAGAACACUUAGUUUGCAGCCCUUCAACCUCCGGCACAGGAAUAUUGACAGAGGUUUGAGCAAGAGGGGGAGUAGUCAGGAGCGAUGAUGUUCCUGCGCGCCUAUUUCGAAGUAUACAAACUAAGUGUUCUUCCACUAAACAAUAUAGUUCUCAUUUUAUCCCCGUAAAAAUCACCACGUUUUAUUUAGUGCCACCAUACUUACUUGUGUAACUACUCAUGUAACAUUCUUUAAAUAGGGAAAACAUGGAAGUGUUUGGUGGCUUCUAAAUUCAUCUCUGUUUGGAUCCUAAGGAAUGAAUGGGGCUAGGCUAAAUGCAAACUCAUUCAUGAAGCGCUGCACAAAGAUUAAGUGCACGCAAUGAAAAAAGAUAGGUAUGUAUUAAUUUGUCUAAGCUGAGGUAAGAACAUAGUAAAAUAUUGAAAAACGGUGGUGUUUUCCUUUAAACUAGUACUCUAGUGCAAAGUUGUGGUAAUUAAUUGAAUGAAAUUUAAAAUAAAUACACACCACAAAUAGUUGCACUGUGUGAGCAGUAGUAUGGACUUGAAAAAUGUAUGGAAAGAAAAUUAAUAUACAGACUCUAUUUACCAAUUGCAUGCAAUACCCAAAAUUAUGAAAAAAUGUAAAGUUUUGAUCUAAAUUCUUCUGAUUUUGGUUCUCAUUCCUUGCCUUUACAGAUGUUUCCCUGGUCAGUAGUGUUUUCCCUGGAGCCAAAGGUUCCCGGCCAGCGGACUCCAGAAGAACUGGUGACCAAUACUUUGAUGUUGGAGCUGGGUGCCAUGGUAAAACGGACCGAACGAAUCAGACUAGAGAAUGAAGCACUGAGCCGCAGACGGCGAAACUCUUCCUCUGCAGACUACAGCUGGCUGGCCGGAUCUAAACCUCGUGUACCCUACGAGCUCACUCCUGGAGAUGUUCUGGACCUGCAAGACCUGUGUGCCCAGAUACCACCUCAACAGUGUGGUCCGGUCAUUGUGAGGUUCCGAAAACUAGUGUCAGAGUUUGAGCCGGAGGUGCCGGAGGUCCCGAAACUGUUCAGGAGUGUCCUGCAAACCUGUCUGGAUGAGCUUCAGGGUGAUGCAGAGCUUCAAAAUCGGGUAAACCGCUGGGAGAAACAGCGCAGCAAAAGCCUUUCCUUCGUAACGUUCCGAUCCAAGUUUCGCACCCUAGGCCGUGGGAAAGGUAGUUUCGGUGGUUCCCGCAAUGACCUCCAAGAAAACACAUGGUCUGAUGAAGAGGAGGAGAUGGCUGAACAGGUGGCGACAGCCAUGUGCACCAGGAAGGGGCGGAGUCUCAGCAUGCCAGAGAUCACACCUCUUGAGCAGGCAGCCCAGAGAUGAACGGAACAGGCAAACUUAAAGAGGGAAGAACAGAAGCAAGGCAAUGAAAGGCAUGAUGAAAAGCGAUUGGAAAAAUACAUCCAGUGAGGAUUAAGGGACGGACUGGAAAACAGAGAGCAAAGAGGAUAAAUCUUGAAAGUAUGCUUUCAGAUUUAACAAAAAAAUUUCACAGGUAUAGGCAAUGUGAGCCUAUGGCCUAUUUUUUUUACCUUUAUAAAGGGUAUUUAAUGUGAUGACAUGUAUAUAUUUGGCAUAUUUUUAUACACUGUACAAAUUCCUUGUUGCACUUAGAUUUUUAAAGGAACAGUAUGUAGGAUUGUGGCCAAAACUGGUAUUGCAACAACAAAACUUGUGGCUAAAACUGGUACUGCAAUCACCCAACUGGUGGCCAAUACACAACAUGACAACAAAAACAUCAGUUGAGGGCUGCAACUCCACUUUUUAAAUGACAAUAUCCUGACCAGACCACUGUUGUCAGUGAUAUGAGUAUUUGAAAUGAAAAUGAUUUCUUAAUGUCUAGUGACAUAUCAGGGCCAUUUUAUGAUUAAUUGAUAUAAAUUUCUUACAUACUGUUC